AUGGAUGGCCAAGAUCAAGGAUCAACACAAGCAUUCAACAAAGACGUGAAUAAUAUUUUAGUUCAACAUGAAAAAGAGAAAGGAAAACUUGAAGAAGGAAGUCAAUGUGGCAGAGGAACAAGCAGAGCAACUAGAGGAAGAGGUAGAGGAAGUAGAAGAGGAAGAGGAGGAACGGCAACAACUAGGAAAACAAGAAGUAUAACAAAAGGAAAAAUCAGAGAACCGAGAGAAGAACUAGAAAAGGAAGGAAACGAAGAAGGAAGUGAAUUGUCAGAUAUUGCGAGCGUGGGAAGGAUGGAGGAGAAGGAAGAAGAAGGAGAUGUGGAAGAUAAGGAUAUGGAAGAGAAUGAGGGAGAUGAAGAUAUCAUUUCAUUAGGAACUGAUCCGAGAGGUAUCAAGAUGUUAGAUGCGUCAAGUGAAGAAGAUGAAGAUGUAGAGCCAGGUGCUGGGAAAAGGAAGGCGAAAGAGUGCGGUACCAAGGAAUUGUCGAAAGUGGCUAAGAAGAUGAAUCACGGAAAGUACCUAGCUCCUUACUGGGAUAAUAGGAUGAAAGCUUGCUUUGGUUACGUACCAUUCACAAUCUUCGUACCGGCAUGGCUUCUGGCGGACAAGAAUCUUAUGUCGAAUUGGCGAAAACAAAGUUCUUCUUGCUCAGACGUGGUGGCGUAUGUAGGACUAAGAGUGCCGAGUGAAUGGAGACAGAGUUUCUUGAUGUGGUCAACGUUGUUCCACUUGAAUGUUCAAUAUUGGCGGAUGAAAUAUCAACAGGAAGAGAUUGCUAGCAGGCUGGAAGAGCAUUAUAAAAUAGUGUUAGAUAUAAAGGCAAAAAAUCAUGACGCAUUUGCUCCUGCACUGAGUCAUUAUAGCAAUCACCAGCAAGAGUCUGUAGAAGGAGCAGGAGGUGUGAAUUUUCAUCAGGGUAGUAGAGGAAGAGGAAAACGCGGCAGAGGUUUUAACAGAGGAAAUGGAAGUAGAGGAGGAGGUACACGAGGUGGGGCACCCUCAGGCCCUACGACUGUAGUGAAUGGGGUAAUGGUACCAAAGUUCGGCCCAGGAGCCUUUGAAGCAGUUAAAGCGGCGAAGCAAGCCGGAGUAAGUGGGAAUAGCGCAGGAACACAAAGAUAUGGGGAGUUGCAAAUGUCAGCUAUGAAAUGA